UGUUUGGCAUUACUGGGGUCGUCCGGCCAUGUCGAGCGAUGCCAUGGCCUUCCUGGCAUUCAGCAUGCACUGCUUCAAGAUCAUCAUCAUCUACUGCGUCUGUGUGAACAUGCUGGAGCAUUUUCUGCAGCGUCUCAACCAGCAAUGAGGAAGAACACACCAUGCCAAAAAAUAUAGUCUGAGACAGAGUCAGAGCAAAGAAGCUCCCUUUCUAGCUCCGUUCUGUCCUUUGUGUUUGGGUCUUCUGCUUUCCAUCCAUUCUGCUUUUCCAAAAGUCGGAGUCAAGAUGGCCAAAUUAUUUGCAUUCAAGCUGAAAAUCGAUGCGAUUUACGCAAAUUACAUACAAUUUUUAAUAGGUUUUUCAUCAGGCAUAAAUUACGAGUACAUCGAGCGAGAAGCAUGAAACGGAAACGGAAAAUGGAAUACGGAAAUUUAAAUUACCUGCAACGUAAUUACACAAAAGAAUAUGCCAAUAAAAAUGACUUAUGUAUCAAUUUCCUUUACGACACGGAGUCCCAGACAGAAUGGAAUCGGCACGGCCCUGCAGGAGGAGGAGCGGGAGAGGCAGGGGGAUGAGGAUGAGGACUGGAGGCUGAUUCUGGGGGCUUCUCCGCAUGAUGAUGAUGAUGAUGAUAAUAAUAAAAGGCAACGUAGCACAAA